AUGGCCCUCUUGAAGCUCUCAGUGCUGGCCUUCAGCUUUGUCUUUGGGGCUGCUGGCCUAACGAUGCUGACCCUUGGCUUGUGGGCUGAGAUGGCGCUGGGAAGGUACCUGGCCCUGUCUGCCCGAGGAGCCCCCAGCGCCCCCUCCCUCCUGCUUGCCGCCGGGGCUGCAGGGCUGCUCUGGGGAGGUCUGGCUGGCGGCGGGGCAGCCAGUGAGCACCGGGGCCUGCUCCGGGCAUCUGCGGCCAUCCAGCUGACUGCUCUGGGAGCCGGCCUCGCUGCUGGCCUUUCAGGACUGUGCUACCAGAACGAGCUGGCCCAGGGCUUCCGGGCAGGCCUAUGGCAGGCCCUGUGGGGUUACGGGGCUGGAGGGAGGGGUGAUGCUAGCUUGGAUGCCCUACAGCGGGGACUCAGGUGCUGUGGAGUGGACACUUACCGUGACUGGCUGGACUCACCCUGGGCCCGGAGUCCCUGGGCCCGGGGCAAUGGCUCUCUGCCCCUGAGCUGCUGCAGAGGCCAGGCUGACUGCCAAGAGGGGGCCAGGGCCGUGGCUUCUGAUGGCUGCUUCUCCAAAGCCAGUGACUUUGUGGCUGACAACAUGGCCUUCAUUGUAGUAGCUGCGCUGGGCCUAGGGGCCCUGCAGGUGGUAGGGGUUGUGCUGGCCUGUCUUCUGGCUGCCCGAAUGGUCCCUGGGGCCCAGACGUCUGCAGAGACCCCAAAGAGCCAUUCCCUGGAGAACCCGCUCCCUGCUGUCCCUGCUGUGCCCCUUCAACCCUGA